AUGAAUCGAGUUCUGCAGUUGUUUCGUCCGCAACUGACCUCUGCAAGAUUAUGUUCGGGCAUUACCAAAAGGCCAUCUCCUAAUGAGAUUACUAAAGAGAAUGCAGAGUUCGAUCAAGUAACACAUACAGGACAGGCUUGGGAUAAGGCCGACUAUCGCCUGCAACGGUUUGACACCUCGAAAAAACAGGUAAACCCGAACAUCGCUAUGAAUUUGAUCGCAGAACGUCCUGCUCAAGACUGUGGUAACGAACGCGUCGUUUGUUGCGAUGGUGGACAUCCAGCUCUCGGCCAUCCACGUGUAUUCAUAAACCUUGACAAGCCUGGAGUUCACGCAUGUGGUUACUGUGGGAACCGUUUCUACAACUCUCAUAUCACAAAGGGCGACGACAUGAAGAUCGAGCACUUAAACUGCUAG